AUGCGGAUUCUAACUAGUUUUUUGUUGCUGUUUUCAUGCCUGUUUAUUGCAGUGCACGAUCCCCUCACUGGACCGGAACCUGCGCGAUCUGAGAGCAGUUAUUCCCUCACAGACAGUCUGUACUCGGUGGCCGAUUCCGCGAAAAUGACUGAUGAACUGUUAUCGUUCAAGAAUAUGCGGAAAAUUGUCACCGAAAUCAAUGAUGGCUAUAGAAAACGUGCCGAAUUCGACGAUACGCGACUGUUAAACCAGUUCAACAACGCCGAUGUGAAUGACAUGUUUGCGCCUCAGGUUGAAAAGUCGCGAACACUGCGCAUGCGGUUGGCCGAGAUCUUUGACGAGAUGUCAUUCGAUCCGCAUCCAGCAAUUGAUUCUUCUGGUGCGCUUCAACGCAAGGUCCUGAGCAGGGAUUCGCAAAAUGACUUAGAUCAGCUUACACGAACUGUGACCCCGGACCCGGACUCUGUUGGUACGCGAACAGUUCAGACAAACGGGCAGUCACGUAAAAUAAAGAAGCCUGCUCCGUCCUUGGUAGAACGAGACUAUCGUUCAUUGUUUAUGAGCUAA